UAAUAAACCUGACUCCGGCGAGCCAGUCAUCUCCUUCUCCCACAAUUAGCCAUCGUUAACUGCUCCAACUGCCCGUGCCCUCGGCCGAUCGAUUUUCCGGCCGGCUGGCGAUGCUAUUGUACACCGUGCAGUUUCUUUGCUCCGUCGUCGCCGCUUUUACCCGGCUCGUGCGCGCCCUCCACAAGGCCAUGGCCACCGUCCUCUGCUCCCCGCCGGUCUCCGUGCCCGCUGCAUCUACCGCCUCUUCUCCACUUUCCAUGAGAAGGACAACGAAGGUGCACCCAAUCGUCAGCGUCGCCAUAGGAGAUGCAAGCGAGCAGCAGCUGUUUGCACCCGCGGUGGAUGCUUUUGCGCCGUGCAAUGGUAGUGGCGGCGUCGUGGAGCAGAUUGAGUCGACGAAGAAGGCGGCGAGGAGGAGGCCGUCGAUGCUUGUCAUACCGGUGGUUCCUGAGGCCGCCGAGACGCCGUCUGGCUGGGGGGUGGUAGUGGCGGAGAAGGAGGCUGAGGUGGAGGCGGAAGGGGAUGGGUUUUGCUUGGCGAGCAGGAGAGGUGCGAGGCAUGCAAAUGAGGAUGCGUAUUGUGCGAUCACUCACAAAGUUGGAGCAGAUUCCCAGCUGGCAUUCUACGGUGUGUACGAUGGGCAUGGCGGCCGUGCGGCCGUGGACUUGGUCUCCGAGCGGCUGGGCAAUAACGUCGUGGCCGCUGUGCUGGCCACGACGGAGGUGCAGGAAGGUGCAGCAGAGGCGGCGUCGUCGUCGGUAGACGCCACGGUGGCCGCGAUCAGAGCCGCCUACUUGUCCACCGACAACGAGUUCCUUGGCCAGGGCCUAAGAGGUGGUUCAUGUGCCGCAACAGCGCUGGUGAAGGACGGCAACCUCUAUGUGGCGAACCUCGGCGACUGCCGUGCCGUCAUGAGCAGCGACGGCACGGCGACCGCCCUGACCUCGGACCACACCGCCGCGAGGGGGGACGAGAGGGUCCGCAUCGAGAGCUCGGGUGGCUACGUGAGUUGCGGUAGCAACGGCGUCUGGAGGGUGCAGGACUGCCUUGCCGUGUCGCGGGCGUUCGGCGACGCCAGCCUCAAGCGGUGGGUGAUCUCCGAGCCGGAGAUCAGGAGACAUACCCUCACCGCCGGCUGCGAGUUCCUCGUCCUCGCCUCCGACGGCCUAUGGAAUAAGGUGUCCAACCAGGAGGCGGUGGACGCCGUCUCGAGAAGCAGCAACUACGGUCGCACCUCCGCGGGCUGCUGCAAGGAGCUCGUGGACAUGGCGCGGAGUAGAGGGAGCAGGGAUGACAUCACCGUCAUGGUGGUCGACCUCAAGAGGUUCACGUAGUAUAGAAUGCCACGAAAAGCCAGAUGGGGACUAAGACAUACGACAAUUUUUCCAGGAACAAGGGCAGACACGUCGUGCCAAUCGUCAAGGAAGAACGUGAGCACCCGUGCGGAUAGUUAGCAUUAGGAUUUCAGUCCUGGAGGCGGCCGGGCUAACAAUCUUGCUGACCGGCCUCGGAUCGGAUCAUUCGAACAGAGUUACAAAGAAACGAAUUAUACAAGCUAGUGUACUCACUAACAAAUCGGGGAGAAAUGAAGACGGAGAGCUCCUAAAUUGAUCGCGUGUAGAUAUCUUCAACUUUCUUUUUUUGUUUAGGAGCAAUAAUAAAUGUCUUUUCUGUCCCUGCAUGUGUGUAUAUAUGCUUGUGCCAUGAAGAAAGCCAUAUAUGGUAUGGGUAGUGAU